AUGUUAAACAUGUCAAAUACAGAUACAAAUAAAAAAACAAAUGUUUCGAUAACAUCACCAACAACAGCAACAACAACAACAACAAGUAAUUCUUCAUCAAAUGAUUGUAGUAUUAUAGGGGAAAUUCAAUUGGAGAGGUCACUAUUAAAGGUACCAUUUGAAUGUAUAAAUAAAUCAUUUAGAAUAUCACAGAAAUCGAUUGAAAAGGAGAUGAAUAAUGUAAUAACACAAAUAACAGAGAUAAAUAAAAAGAGAUUAACAAUUUCAAAGGAUGAUGCGAUCAAUACCGUUGAUAAAUUAUUAAAUAGAGUACAACAAUUAAAAAGAAAGAUGGAAGAUGUCAAAUUAGAGGAAGAACAACAAAUAAAGAAAUUGAAAUCACGUCUCUCUCAUUUAAAUAUAGCUACAAAUUGUCAAAAUCAAAAAGAUCAUCGUGAAAUCUUUAAUAAUACUAGAAUAAAUAGAAUUUUAAUUGAUUACUUUUUAAGAGAAGGUUAUUAUGAUAGUGCAAUUGAAUUUUCAAAUCAAUUAAAAAUUAAAGAUUUUGUUGAUAUUGAAAUAUUUUUAUCAUCAAAAAAAGUGGUUGAAGGAUUAAAUAAAUUUGAUUGUACAGAAGCAUUGAAUUGGUGUAAUGAAAAUAAAUCGAAAUUAAAAAAGAUAAAUAGUACAUUAGAGUUUAAUUUAAGGAUUCAAGAGUUUAUAGAAUUGGUUAGAUUAGGAAAGAUGAUGCAAGCUAUUGCAUAUGCAAAAGUUCAUAUAUCACCAAACUCAUCGACAAAUAUGAAAGAGAUACAGAGGGUAGCGGCAACACUUGUUUUUAAAAAGGAUACAACAUGUGAUCGUUAUAAGAAAUUGUUUGAUUCAAAGAAAUGGUCAGAAUUGAUAUGUCAAUUUAAGAAUGACAAUUUUCAACUUCAUUCAUUGUCUACGAAAUCAAUGUUGGAUAUUUCCCUACAAUCAGGUUUAUCGGUUUUAAAGACAUCCUCUUGUGGUGAUGAAUCAACUUUUAAUGUAAAUUGUCCAUUGUGUGAUCCUUCAUUCAGAGCAUUGGCUACCUCUUUACCAGUAUCAUUACAAAGUCAUUCAAGUUUAGUUUGUCGUAUCACUGGUGAAAUAAUGAAUGAAGAUAACUAUCCAAUGGUUUUGCCAAAUGGUAAUGUUUUCAGUAAAAGAGCAAUCAUUGAUAUGUAUAAAAAACAAGAUAAAAUUAUUGAUCCUAGAUCAGGUAAUGAAUAUAAAUUAGAAGAUUUAAAAAGAGCUUAUAUCUCAUAA